CAAACUGCAGACACCUCCCUGUCAGAGUACUUGACACGACUUGUUGUGCUUGCAGACUGUUAAUUUUCAGUUAAAGUUCCAAAAAGCAACUUGCCUCAGCAUCUCUGCUCUCACGCCUCCACUCGCAACACCACCACAAUGGCCUUCACUGGAAAAUGGGAAACAGAAUCCCAGGAGGGAUACGAUGAGUUCUGCAAGCUGCUGGGUAUCCCCAGUGACAUCAUUGAGAAGGGCCGUGACUACAAGCUGAUCACAGAGGUGACCCAGGAUGGCGAUAACUUCACCUGGACCCAGAUCUACCCCACAAACGCCAAAGUCACCAACAUGUUCACCAUCGGCAAGGAGUGUGACAUGGAGACCAUCGGAGGAAAGAAAUUCAAGGCCACAGUGCACAUGGAGGGAGGCAAGCUGAACGUGACCUUCCCCAACUACCACCACACCUCUGAGAUCAGCGGAGGCAAGCUCAUCGAGACCUCUAAAGCAGGGUCUGUAGUGCUGAAGAGAACCAGCAAGAAGAUGUGCUGCUGACUGACCUUUCACCCCUUAUUAGUUACAAUGGAGAACUCAGAACUACAGCCACUGCAAUAAAUAAAUGAAGACUAUGAUACUACA